AUGUUUGUUUCGAAUGUUUUGGAAAUAUUUCCCUGUUUAUUUCUAAAAUGUUUUGAAAUUUAUUGUUCAGAAAAACAAAUGUUUUGUUUGGAAUGUUUGCGGAAACAUUGUUUUGGGAAAAACAAAAACAACAAACAAUUUUCCUGUCAACAUUUAAAUUCAUGGGAUGGAAAUUUGAUUGAUCAAAAUGAUAAAGAUUUUGAAAAUAAAUAUAUUAAGAAUCAAUUCCCUAAACUUAUUGAAUGGCCAAAGGAAGGCCAAAUAGGAUCUCAUUGUAAUCCAGACUUGAACGGGGCUUGUAAUGUUCCAAAUUCGCAUUGUUUUAAAGGAAUAUGUGAGUGCUUGCCUAUGUAUUAUCCCGAGUCUGCUGCCAAAUGCGAACAAAUAGAUCCAGCAAGUUCUCUCACUCGAGAUUGUAUUCGCCCAAUGGAUUGUCCUGGUAAUGGUGAAUUUUGUAACAGAGUAACUGGAAAAUGUGAAUGUGUAGAUCGUUUUGUGGAAGUUGAUUGGCGGUGUCUUCCAGGAAUUCCUCCAGGAGAUUUUGGUUGUAUAGAUUCUCGUCAAUGUUCAAUUUUCUUUUCAACAGCAACUUGUUCUGGAGAAGGCAAAUGUCACUGUCCGGAAGGGAUGGUACCUAAACGGGGAACUUGUCUUCAAGAAAUUAGCGGUAAUGGAACAGAUAAAUUCCGGAAAAACAUUCCGGACGUUAAAACAAUGUUUUGUUUAGACCGAACAUUUUGGAAAACAAAGUAG